AUGUUGCGAUUAAACGGCAUCGUCCUUCUUUUUAUGAGCUAUCAGCCUGGAAACACGCUCACCAAUGUCUGGCGGACUCUGGAUAAGGCGCAGAAAACGUCUAUUCAGGAGCAGCUAGACAAGGUCCUAACAGAUCUUAGAUCCCUGCCCUUUACUCCCGGUACAGCGCUUGGGGGUAUUGGGGGCGAAGGUUGCAAGGAUAUUAGGAGACAUCUACGUCGUAGUGAUCAACCGAUCACGACGAUCGACGAAUUCGAGCAAUUUCUUUUCAAGGGCUACCGGACAGGUGGGAAUGCCUUUGUGUCGUUAAUGAAUGAACUACGUCCGCCAGCCUCAUCAUGCAGAAUUGUUUUCACUCAUGGAGACCUCCGCCCAGACAAUAUUACAGUGGAGAUGACAGAAGAUCACGGCUACAUUGUUACUGGGCUGAUAGAUUGGGAGUACAGUGGAUUCUAUCCAGAAUACUAUGAAGCUGCCAAGACUACCAAUUGCCUAUCGCCAUAUGAGGAGGACGAUUGGUAUCUAUUUCUACCAGACUGUGUCUCGCCAAAGAGAUACGCUCACUGGUGGCUCCUUGACCGCGUCCGGGAAACAAGAGUGCUAUAG